CCAGAUGAUCUCAGAAAGGGGCAGAAGAAGACUAUGAUGGCUUUCCAGCCUUCCUCUUGGAUCUUCAUCAAUGAAAGGACAUUCAUUACUGGGGAACAACUUGAUUCUUUACUGAAGACCUAUAACAUCUUUUAUAGGAACCAGAAAAAUCUGCAUAUUUUAUAUGGACAGACUGAAGAUGGUAAGCUAAUUGUUGAAGGAACGUUGGACAUUUUCUGGGGAGUAAAACGGCCUAUCCAACUGAAAAUACAAGACGAGAAACAAAUCCCUUCUUUCAGUGUGCUGGAGUCACCAGAAGAUUUUUCCAAAAGGGGAAUGACACGCUGGGGACAAUUUGAUGAUCUUUAUCGCAUUAGUGACUUGGACAAGGAUCAGAUUCCAGUGACUGGAGGAACAGGUUCCCAAGAAGACUAUUUAUUUUAUCACAGUAGCACUCUGAAGCCUCAUGCAAACGAAGAGCCUGAAUCCCCAUUACUCUACAGAACUAUGAGUGAAGCAACCCUGGUGAGGAAAAGGAUGAAGCCUCCAAUGAUGGACAGAAAAGCCAGACAGAAGCAUAGGGCCUCUAUUAAUGGACACUUUUAUAACCACGAAACAUCAAUUUUCACUCCAGCCUUUGGAUCAGAAACUAAGGUCAGAGUAAACAGUAAUAUGAGAACUGAAGAAGUAAUAAAGCAAAUUCUCCAAAAGUUUAAGAUUGAAAAUAGUGCCCAGGAUUUUGCACUUUACAUUAUUUUUGCAACAGGAGAGCAGAAACGGCUAAAGAAGACAGACAUUCCGCUGCUGCAUAGACUCCUACAGGGACCAUCCAAAACAAAUGCUCGCAUUUUCCUCAUGGAUAAAGAUGCAGAAGAAAUUAGCAGUGAUGUUGCUCAGUAUAUUAACUUUCAUUUUUCUCUCCUGGAAUCCAUCCUUCAAAGAUUAAAUGAAGAAGAAAAAAGAGAGAUCCAAAGAACAGUAGCAAAAUUCAGUACAGAAAAGGCAAUCAUAUUGAAAUAUCUUCGAAGUAAACGGGUAAUAAAAACAGAGACAACAGUUUAG